AUGUUGAAGUGUAAGGAGUUCACGAAUGUGAAAUGUCGUUGUCAAGAUCGGGAAUACGACAAACUCUAUCGGCAAUGUGUCAUAAAGAGUGGGUCGAACGAAGGGGCUCCGAGCCCCUAUCUUUCUCAACCCGGUCUUGUGAUUGACUCAUUUUGCGUCAUAGAAUGUACGGUCCAGCAACUUCCGUUUGUGAAUGAGGUGGAGAACACGACGUGUGCGAGCUACAAGUUGUCGAAAACGAAGAAGGGCGGCAAUGGAGGUACAUUCAAGUUUGGGGUGCUUAACUGGGUCGGGCCCAAGUGGGUGGCAGGGAGCUGACUUCUAAACGCCACUUUUCUCUCCGCAGUUCUUCUCCCACACGCCAACGCAACAGCAGCGGAUGAGGAUAAUAUCGAAUCAAAGGACCCGCGCUCCUCCCCUUCUUCGACGAAAAAGUCAACCCAGUCCACAUCCGAGUCCCCAACCUCGACACGGACCAAAGCCCUCCUCAAUACGACCCACGACAUACCCUCAUCAUCGACCGCGGGCUCUCCUUCCAACGUGGACAUCGUCUACGCCAACUUGACGAAAGAAGUUGCUGAAGGGACUGGUAUGACGUUCCCCAACACGACCUACACCGCCCCCGACACCACUUCUCCCAGUUCGAGCGAAAUGACGAACGCCACUUCGACGACUGGGCCCACAACCGAUCCCACUUCUACGAACACCACUUCUACCACUCCUAUAUCCUCCUCAUCCUCUGAACAGUCGACCAACGCUUCUCUGGCCGAAGGGACUUCGCUGGCGGGCACCAUUGGUAGGUUCAGUAAGAGUGCAGGUGCGGGGUGCCUGUCGACGCCGACAUUUGAAGACUCGUUGGCUUUUGCCUUGGUUGCUAUGACGGUCUAUUUUCAAAUGUGA